AUGACUGGAUUAUCAAGUCAACUACCCACUCCAGGCCGGGCUAUGGCCCAAUUCGCCCACAACAUUAUCAUGGGGGUGGAUUUUGAAAUCACGUCAAGGCAGCUGGAGCCCAUCGGGGUUGGCGUGUCAGACCUGGUCUGUUCUGCGAAUGACCAAAUUCUGAACCAGACCGUGGCCGUGAAGAAGCUCGCGGAGCCAUUCAAGUCCGACGUGGUCACCCAGCACAUGUUUCGUGAGAUCAAAUUAUUGAAACAGCUCAAGCAUGAAAACCUCAUUCAACUCUACGACAUCUUCAUCUCUCCAUCCGAAGACAUUUAUCUCGUCACCGAAUUGAUGGCAACAGAUCUUCACACUCUUCUGAAGACCAAGAAAGUAGACAACCAGUUCACCCAAUUCUUCCUAUACCAAAUAAUGCGCGGUCUUAAAUAUGUCCAUUCAGCCGGUGUCAUACACCGCGAUCUCAAACCGAGCAACAUCCUAGUCAACGAGAACUGUGAUUUGAAGAUCUGCGACUUUGGUCUUGCCCGUGCACAAGAGAACAAAAUGACGGGCUAUGUUUCCACACGAUACUACCGAGCACCCGAGAUCAUGCUCACCUGGCGGGGAUACAACGAGAAGGUCGAUAUCUGGAGCGUGGGCUGCAUCUUUGCCGAGAUGAUACUGGGCCGUCCUCUUUUCCCGGGCAAGAACUGCGCUGAUCAGUUCUGCGUGAUUACUCGUUUACUCGGUAGCCCGCCUGCGAGUGUGAUGGACAAUAUGACCAGCCCAAAUACUUUGGAAUUCAUCCGCUCGCUUCCUAAGCGACCUCGAAAGCCCCUCUCGAAGCUCAUCCCAGAUACCAACGCAAAGGCCAUCGUCCUAUUAGAAAAUCUCCUCCAAAUCGACCCCGUCCAACGCUGUUCCGCAGCCGAGGGUCUAGAAUCGCAGUACCUCGCCCCAUACCACGACCCCGAUGACGAGCCCAAGUCCGAAAAAAAGUUUGACUGGUCGCUCAGAGAAGCAAACCUACCAGCCAACGUCUGGAGAAGCAUCAUAUACGCCGAAGUCCUCAAUUACCACGAAUCAGCCGGUGGCUCGACACAACUCACACCGCAGAUGGAUGGAAUGAAUCUAAGCUAA